AUGACGCUUCUCCUCCGGGGGCACCUUUCUGGGCCAAUCGCGGCAGAUGUCGAUGCUCUCUCUCGGCUGCCACCAUUCGAGGAAGAGGAAGAACAGGAAGUCAACAAUAAUGCACAAACAGAACAGUUUCCCAGCCCAUAUGCCGCAGCCAUAGUAGCGCUUCAGCCGAUCAAUCAGUGCGAAGUUGCGAAUCCGGCUCCCCGUGUAGCCGCCCGUGUCGAAGCCGUAGAACUCCUCCUCGCUGAUCUUGCCCGUGACGCCGUCGUAGACGCGCUCGGUGCGCAUGGCCACGUUGGACCACGAGUACAUCUUCUUGACCUGGUCGUGGAACUUCUCGGUCCGGAUGCGGCCGCUGCGCAUCGCCGUGAUGGCCUUGCCCGUCGCGGCCACGAGGUCGUCCUCCUCCGGCUUCGCGAACGUGGUCAUGUGGGAGGGGAGGACCUCGGGGAUGCCGCCGACUUGGGUGCAGACCACGUAGAGGCCGCAGCUGGCGGCCUCGACGAUCACGGUGCCGAAUGCCUCCGUGAGCGAGGGGUGGAGGUAGAUGUGGCCGCGGACCAUGACGUCGCGGACGUCCUCGUGGCGGAUGGGCCCCAGCAUCUCUACGUGAUCCUGGAGGACGUCAAUAGCCUUGGGACCGGAACCGGCGAUGAUGAAGCGCGUGUAGGGGUGGUUCUCCAGGAUGCGAGGGAUGACGGCAGUCAGCAGGUCGGUGCCCUUGUUGUAGAACAGACGAGAAAUCACAACAAUGGUGAUUACGUCCGUGGGGCCCAGGCGGUUCGGAGACGUGUCUGGUCCGAAGACGCCAGAGCCAUUGGGGGAUUCCUUGUAGUCGCGCGGCCGGAAAUUCUCGGCGACGACUGCAUUGGGGAUUACUGA